CACGGCAGCAGAGUUGCACACACCCACUUUUUUUUUUUUUUUUGUCUUAACAGGAGCUUUUAACUGUAUACAGACAUCUGGUGAGUUGUCUGCAGUGGCAACCGCUCGGUCUAAUAUGGCCAGGCCGGGUGAUCUUAAAAACUUCCUGGAGUCUUCUCUGAAUGAGAUUUUUAAAGCGACAGUGAGCGACAUCUUGGACUCAGUGGACCGGACCCUGUCCGUGUACCAGGGUACUAUACAGAGGAUCGAGUCUGAGAACGAGGGCCUGAAGCGGCUGCUGUUAGCACAGAAGAGCGCAGAGUCUGCUCCGAGUGGUAUGAUGGUUUAAUGGAUGCACGUGAAGAAGAUGCCCGUGAACAGUUUUCGCAGACAGAGUGGAACGGCCGUCCCUUUAGCUCGGGUACGUUCAAGAUGUCCAUAUGCAGCAGCGACAAGAAGAGCUCCAGGAGGAAGAAUAAAGCCAAGGCGAAGCAGAACCUGUCCUCUACCUCCAUUUUGAUGCAGACUAAUCAAGUGGUAGAGCAACCGCCAGAGGGUUUUGUGUCAACAUCUGUAAAAUCGGACCUGGAUGAAAGCAGUGCCAUUGACCUCUCCCAGUCAUCGGCGCUUCUCAAUCUGACGGUGAAACCAGUAAAAAGCGAGAGCUCAGAGGUCAGCCGCGUCAGCCAUGAUGCAUAUGCGCCACCUUCUGGCCCUGAACAAGACUCUGCAGGCAGCGCCGUUGUUUCUGACGGCUACACGCCCAAUGGAGAGUUUUUUAAGACUGAGGAAGAAGAGCAGAAUGGGGUGAUGCAUUACGGUAACAGCGAGGGCUUCUUUGAGCAGGAACUAAAAUAUGCACUGAGAUAUUCCCCAGAACCGGAGAUGGGGGCAGAGGAAGCGAGCAAACAGGUCGCGGAGCCAAAUGUGGCGACGCCUAAGAAAGGUGACACGCCAACUGUUUGUGCCGAGGAGCUUUUGGAAGUCCGCGACGACUUCCUUCACUGUCCCUCCUGCCCCAAAACGUUCGGUCGGGCCGCCUCGCUCAACAUCCACAUGAAGACUCACAGCGGGGAGAAGGCUCACAACUGCAGCUAUUGUGGUAAAUCCUUUGGUCGGGCUGAUCUCCUCAAAUCCCACAAGCGCACCCACACGGGAGAGAGACCCUACAGCUGCAACAUCUGCAGUAAAACGUACGCGCACCCUAGCCAGCUUAGGAUACACAAACGCAUCCACACCGGAGAGAAACCGUAUCCCUGCACGCACUGUGGGAAGCGCUUCAACGAGCACAACCAGCUCAAAGUCCACUUGCGGACUCACACGGGGGAGCGGCCUUACAGCUGCCAGGAGUGUGGCAAGACGUUCAGCAAUGCGGGAAACCUGCGCAUACACGAAAGGAUCCACACCGGCGAGAAGCCGUAUUGCUGCGCUCAGUGCGGGAAAAGGUUCAACGGCUUGGGUGACCUCAAGACGCAUUACAGGAUCCACACCGGAGAGAGGCCGUACAUGUGCGAGCUGUGCAAGAAGACCUUCAGCCAGGCCGGCCACCUCACCAUACACAUGCGGAUGCACACGGGGGAGAGACCGUACAGCUGCAGCGAGUGCGGCAAGAAGUUUACAGUGGCCAGCAGCCUCAAACUGCACCAGAGGACUCACACGGGAGAGAAGGAGUACAGCUGCUCGUACUGCAGCAAGAGCUUCAGCAGGUCCGGCCACCUGAAGAGGCACGAGCUGGUCCACACCAAAGAGAAGGUCUUCCUCUGCAGCCACUGUGGGAAGACCUACACCGACCAGUCCUCCCUCAAGAAGCACCUGAAGACGCAUACGGCAAAAGAGGAGAGAGCUCAGAGUGAAGGAAGCACGAGCGAGGCCGAAACAAACCCGGCCCAGCCGGCAGCCUCGGAGACACUUUUAAACAAUGAGAAAAAUUAGAGGAAUUAGGAGGGGAGUCAACCGAAAAAGCAAGGUCCAAUAUGUUGUUUUUUUGUUUGUUUGUUUGCUUUUUUUUAUGUGGUUUGUUAUUUCGCAACUUACAUCAGCAGAUUAAGUUUAGUCAAUAUGUCGAGGAGGGGGUUCAGUUGCCACCAUGUUAUUUUCAAUAUCUGGGUCAAUUUUAUCAUCGUUGUCAGGUAUCAUAGUUGAUCACGUUUUGGCUGUUUUCAGGCCUAAUGUAACCAGUCACCACAUGGCAUUUUUAUGGAAAGAUUCUUCUCAAUGUUCUAUAUACGACUGAGUAAAUUUAAAGUGAAAGUUAUUUAUAAAUAUAUUGUAGUAACACUGUUGACAUGCGACACACUUGACUCACACACUACUUUAUAUUAAGUGACUAAGAAGGAGGAGAAAGAAAAUACCUUGGAGCAGGCAUGUGAUUUGGAUUUAACGUAACGCGUUUGUAAUGGGUGACUUAGUUAAAAGUGAUUUCUCAGACAUAGAUAAAAUUUGUUAUUAUCCACAUAAAAUUUGAUAUAUAGCCAAAAAAGAAAUAUCUAGCUUGAUAAUCUCAAUUUAACAAAAAGUACACAAUCAAAACAAAAUUUGAAUAAGCUCAUUUUGUAUUGACCCAUCUCUUUUGACCAGACAAUAAUGAAUAUGUUACAUGUCUCUCUGAUAGAUUUUCACCUUUUUUUAAGCCUUGUUAUUAUUAUUUUUUAAUUGGCACGGUCACCUCUUUCACUAACCAGCUCAGUGAGUGCUCAGAUUGCAAGGUCGUGUCUUACGUAGUUUUUUGCUCAAGCUGAAAAUUGGCACUUUAACAAAGUAUCUGUUAUUUCAUUUGAAAUGAAAUACGCCUCAAGAACAAAACGACUCAAAGGGCAACACGAUGUGAUGACUGGUCAGCGCGCCUAAAAGAAAGCUGACGCAGUUUUCGGGCUGAAAAGCCGGUGAGCGGACGUUGAAUUAACACGAUCUGUUCCUGCGGACGAGAAGUUUUGGUUUACAAAGCUGUUUGUGAUGUUUGUGGUACAGUUGGGUACACUGUCGUAUAGUCUUUGCUGUGAUCUGUUAGGUCCAUACAUUUAGCAAUACAGUGAAAAAAAAAAGCUGUAUAUUACCAAAAUGUCAGUGAUGUAUUUUAGAAAUGACCAAUGACUGAAUGCAAGUUCUGCCGAUGUGCAUUAAUUAUUUAAUCAAAGUGUUUUUGUUGCAGCCACUGAAUCCCAGGUCAAGCCUUAUAUUCUGUAGCCGGUCCUGACGGUUGACCUCCCUUUUGAAAAACAGGGGACAAUCAAAAAAAAAAAACACAAAAAAAAUUCAAUAGUUUGGAGAUUAAGAUCUUUCAAAGACAUAAAUUAAUGAAUGAUUAAUAUAUUGCUGUAAAUAGCUUUAACUAUACAGCUAGCAAACUCAAAAACAUAUAUAUAUAUAUGUGUUUGUGGAAUAGUGAAAGUAGCGUCGCUGCAAAUAUUCAGUAUUAUUGACCAGCUUUCACAUGUGAAUUAAAGACUGUUUCUUUUGUUGUUGUUGUUUUUAAAGCCAUACUGAUCUCAACGGCUGUGGAGUGUCUAGAGAAUUGUUAGUUUGUUCACUGUAAUGCCAGGAAACGUGUCUCUCUGAUGCUGAAUGAUUGUUACUGAAACAAAAGGGAGUAAAAGUUUUUGUUGUGGCAACGGCUUGAUAUGUAGCAGUGUACUGAGCCUUCGCUAUGAGAAUGUUGUUGUGUGAUUUGUGAGUAAAUUAAAGAGAAUAAAUGAACUGUC